AUGGAUGAUUAGGUCAUUACACACAUUAGAGAAACAUUGGAAAUAGCCAGGGUGAAAUGGCAGACAGUUUUGUUCUCAGUAAUGGACAGAAAAUUCCUGGAAUUGGAUUUGGUACAUCAAGAAUAUCUCAGGCUGACAUGCGUGAUGUUAUAUUUGAUGCAUUAGAGAGUGGCUACAGACAUUUCGACACUGCUCAUGCAUACAGAACAGAGAGUGCGUUAGGUGAAGCCUUACAAGAUGCGAUUAUCUACAACAAAGUAUCCAGAUCAGAACUCUACAUUACUACAAAGCUGCCAACAUACCAUAUGAGGAAAGAUCAUGUAGUGUCUUCUUUACGAGAAAGUCUUAAAAACUUGCGGAUUGACUACAUAGACCUAUAUCUUGUCCACGUACCUGCUUCUAUCAAGGUAGAAUCCGAGUAUAUCCCUUACCCUAGCUGUUCCUCGGAUGACUAUGACUACCCUGACAUAAUUGAUACAUGGAGGGAAAUGGAGAAACUGGUUGAUGCAGGAUUAGCAAGAGCUAUUGGACUUUCGAAUUUUAACGCUUCUCAAGUGGAACGAAUUGAUAAUAAUGCCAGAAUAAAACCUGUUGUAAACCAAAUUGAAUGUCAUGCAUACCUACAGCAAAAUAAACUUAUUGAUGUUUGCAAACGUCGGAAUAUUUCUGUGACAGCUUACGCACCAUUAGGGUCACCAGGAUUGCAAAUCAGAAAUAAUGGAAGAUAUUGGGAUUUGUUUGAAGAACCAGUCAUUUUAAAGAUUGCAAAGUGCCACCAACGUACCCCUGCCCAGAUAUGUUUGCGCCAUCUGCUACAGAGAGGACUUAUACUUAUCCCAAAGACAGAAAAUACAGACCGAAUGCGGUUGAAUUUGGAGAUUAAAAAUUUCUCCUUAACAAAACAGGAGAUGAAAAGGUUAUCAAAAUUAGACAGUAACAAGCGAAUAUUUUCUUUUAAUGGAAUGAAAGACCAUCCAGAGUACCCAUUCAAAGAUCCUUAUUAACACGAAACCAAACGGACUUCUUUUAUUAUAUGAAUUGGUGCAGCUAGUUUUCUGGAAUUAUUUUGUGUUGUUUUAAUUUUGGUUUUGUCAUAUCACGAACAAAUAUCUUAUAUUUGUGGUUCAUAAUACUGUCACUGCAGUGAGUAAAGUGAGUUAUCAUAUGGAAACGUCAAUAUCAUAGUUACCAAAAAGGAUAAUUGUACAGUCUUAAUGAAAAAAAAGUGAUGUCUCAACUAUCUAUAACUUGACCUUAUACAGAAAAGUAAUGUCUAGACUAGCUUUUAAUUGACCCUAAAUUCAGAAAUAAGUUAAUUAAGUUUUGUGGAUGUCGAAUCCUACGGAAGCUGGGCUUGAGGGAAACCGAAAUGAUGAGUUAAAAAAACCAAUAACAUUAGUGAAAUUAAUCACUGCGUUCGUCCAUAUGUUUGGAUUUCACAAAAUAAAACGUUCCCUUUUUGUCAAAAAGUUUAGAAAUCCAGGUUAUUGUACAAUUUCUUGUAAUUCCAAAAUUUUCAAUUGACAAACAAAGAAA